AUGAUCCCCCAGACCGAGAAAGAAAACCAGAUUAUCGAAAAGGCCAAGAGCCUUCAAGGUGUCUGCUGGGGCGAGGAAUAUGAGAAGAUGAUAUCGGGAAUACUAUAUAGUCCCCUCGCAUCAGAGCUCAUAGAGGGUCGCACCAAAGCGCGUUUCCUGAUGUCGGAGUUCAAUGCUCCUCUUCAACCCGAUGUGCCGUUCUCUGAAACCGUUGCGCAGAGAGAGGCGAUAUUAAGGAAGUUGUUGGGCCGUGCAGGAAGGGGAAUCUAUAUCGAGCCUCCCCUCUUUGUGGACUAUGGCUGCAACAUCAGUGCUGGAGAUGGUUUCUAUGCAAAUUUCAAACUGGUCACCAUUGGAAACAAUGUGGAGAUUGGCCCGAAUGUAAACAUCAUCACGGGCGAGCAUGAGACUAAAAUCGAAGCACGUCGCGCACAUCGGGGAAUGGAGUUUACGAGAGAAGUCAUGAUCGGUGACGAUUGCUGGAUUGGAGCAAAUGUGACUAUUUUGGCUGGGGUGACGAUUGGAUCAGGGUGCUCCAUCGGUGCUGGCUCGGUGGUUAAGAGAGAUAUCCCACCAUACAGUAUCGCGCCAUCUGAGAUUGGAAAUUCGUCCAGCUCUUCCUCGGCGGCGGUUAUUGAUGAUAUGGCCCGUGCUCUGCAUGUGUUGCCUCCUCGACCGUACAUGGAUGCAUUGAUACAGCAUUUCUUGAGUGCACCCAACUACCAUUACUAUGUGAUACAUUCCCCCUCAUUACUUGAAAUUUACGUAGAGUGGUGGGAGAAUCGAGCUUCGGCGCAGCAGCCCGAUCUUCUGGUUACCUGUCUGCUAUUGCGCAUCUGUGCAUGUUCCACACAAUUCCCCUCUGCCCCCUUGCAUCAGAAGCUACAGUAUGAUCUCGGAGAAAGUGUAAAAAAUCUUUCGGAGCGGUAUCACCUUGCGGCUCAGGCGCUCAGCAGCUCCCUCGAACCAGGGGAGGGAGGUCUAAUCCAGGUCCAGCAACUGUUUCUCACUGUUUCCUGGCUCAAGGGCGAUGCGCAGCUGGUCAAAGCCUGGCACAAUCUGGCCUCAGCAAUACACGAAGCCCAAGAGCUUGACCUUCAUGAUACCAGACCAGCCCAGCCCGCCGGUGAUUUCGAGGAGGAAAUGCAGAGCCGGGUCUGGUGUGUACUCUAUGUGUUGAACUGGUAA